AUGCUGACUGCUUACUUUCUAUUCUUGAUAUCCUUAGCUACUUGUUUUAAAGUAGACCCAUUACCAGCGGUUCAGCAUAUAACUUGGUAUAAUGACACGGUCAUUGAAAUCAACACGAAUCUACUAAUAACAGAUUGCCCUUCGCCUGUUGUUCAACUGGCAUUCAUUAGAGCAAUUUCAACAAUUGAGAAAUUAAUGUGGUCUCCCUAUCCACAUAGUAUUUCCGAUUAUGCCACAGGCCCAAUGAUAGAGUCAUCAAGAGUAACCAUACAAGUAGACGAUGCUGACGCAGAUUUGCAAUUGGGUGUUGAUGAAUCAUACAAUUUGACAAUAACUCCAAAAAAUAUUACUAUCCACGCAGCUACAACAUGGGGAGCAUUACACAGCUUAACUACCUUACAACAAUUGGUGGUGUAUUCUCAAGAUGGUCGGUUUCUUAUUCUACUGUCGGUUGAAAUUGUUGAUAAACCUAAUUUCCCACAUCGAGGAGUUAUGAUUGAUUCUGCCCGGAAUUUUCUAACUGUAAAAUCAAUUCUCGAUCAGAUAGAUAUAAUGGCCCUUGUAAAGAUGAAUUCAUUACAUUGGCAUUUAGUUGAUACUCAAAGUUGGCCAUUGGCACUAGAAAGUUACCCUGAAAUGAUCCAAGAUGCAUAUAGCCCCGAAGAAGUAUAUUCCAAAUCAGAUAUCAAAUAUGUUAUAGACUAUGCCCGUUCCAGAGGUGUAAGAAUAAUUCCUGAGAUUGAUAUGCCGGGUCAUGCGAGAGCAGGAUGGAGGAAAGUAGACCCAUCCAUAGUUGAAUGUGCUGAUCCAUUUUGGACUGAUGCUGCUGUUGAACCGCCUCCUGGCCAACUCAAUAUUACGUCAAAAAGAACCUAUGAAGUAAUAACAAAUUUAUACAAUGAGUUAUCCGAGUUGUUUAUUGACAACUUCUUUCAUGUCGGGAAUGAUGAAUUACAAGUGAAAUGUUUUCCCCAACUGGAGCUCCAAAACUCAACUGUUGUUCAACUAUUGUCACAUUAUUUGGAUGAAGCUUUACCUAUAUUCUUUAACAUCCCUGGGAGAAAACUUAUUAUGUGGGAUGAUAUCCUUCUAUCUACUGUUUCUGUUCCGAAACUUCCUCCCAAUAUCACACUACAAGUUUGGCACGAACCAACUGGAAUUAAGAAUUUGACAUCAAGAGGAUAUGAUGUGAUUGUUUCACUGUAUGAUUUUUUAUAUCUUGAUUGUGGAUAUGCUGGGUUUGUGACCAACGACCCUAGGUAUGCUGAAUCCGACGGUAACAUCGAGUUCAACAAUGGUCAAGCUGGUAGUUGGUGUGGCCCAUACAAGUCAUAUCAAAGAAUAUAUGUUUUUGAUAUCUUGGCAAACUUGACGGAAUCAGAACAGAAACAUGUCUUAGGAGCAGAAGCACCAUUGUGGUCAGAACAAGUUGAUUCGACUGUUAUAACCUCAAAAAUUUGGCCAAGAGUUGCUGCACUUGCAGAAUCUUUAUGGAGUGGCAAUAAAGAUGCAAAAGGAAACCAUAGAACAUACGAAUUCACUCAAAGAAUAUUUAAUUUCCGAGAAUAUAUAGUCAAAAUGGGCUAUGAUGCUUCGCCCUUAGCUCCCAAAUAUUGCAUCAUGAACCCCCAUGCAUGCGACUUGUUCAAGAUCCCACCGGAUUUUUAG